AUGGGCUGUAUCCAAAGCAUCACCUGCAAGGCGCGGAUCCGGCGCGAGAACAUCGUGGUGUACGAUGUGUGCGCCACCAUCGACCAGUGCCCCACGCGCAUCGAGGAGACCUCGCCCAUCGUACUGCGCUACAAGACCCCCUACUUCAAAGCCUCGGCCCGCGUGGUCAUGCCCCCCAUCCCCCGCCACGAGACCUGGGUGGUGGGCUGGAUCCAGGCGUGCAACCAGAUGGAAUUCUUCAACACCUACAGCGACCUGGGCAUGUCAAGCUGGGAACUGCCUGACUUGAGGGAAGGGAGAGUAAAAGCCAUCAGUGACUCAGAUGGGGUGAGCUACCCUUGGUACGGGAACACCACAGAAACUGUGACCCUGGUUGGCCCCACCAACAAGAUCUCCAGGUUCUCCGUCAGCAUGAAUGACAACUUCUACCCCAGUGUGACAUGGGCGGUGCCAGUGAGCGACAGCAAUGUGCCACUGCUCACAAGAAUCAAGAGGGACCAAAGUUUCACUACCUGGCUGGUGGCCAUGAAUACCACCACGAAGGAGAAGAUCAUUCUGCAGACCAUCAAAUGGAGGAUGAGGGUAGACAUUGAGGUGGACCCUCUUCAGCUCUUGGGGCAACGGGCCCGGCUGGUGGGCAGGACUCAGCAGGAGCAGCCCCGGAUCCUGAGCCGGAUGGAACCCAUCCCCCCUAACGCACUAGUGAAACCCAAUGCCAAUGAUGCCCAGGUCCUCAUGUGGAGGCCUAAGCGGGGGCCACCUCUGGUCGUGAUCCCUCCUAAGUAG